CUCUCUCUCUCUCUCUCUCUCCAUAACUUGAAUCCUAAGUAUGAUUUAGUCCUCUUCUCUUUAAAUCAUCAUAAAAUGUUUCUUCAUUUCUCUCCUUGUACACCGUAGAAAUACACCCACUUCUCAUACUUUCUAUCUCUCUCUUUCUAUAUAUUAAUAUCAUCAGAGGACCUUCCUUCUUAGUGGGUUGUGGCUGCUGCUUCAAGUUUUCUUCUGAUAUUGUUGUGCCUCUUUCUUAAAUCUUUAAGCAAGAAAUGGGGAGACAUUCUUGCUGCUUAAAGCAGAAAUUAAGGAAAGGUUUAUGGUCACCUGAAGAAGAUGAGAAACUUUACAAUUACAUAACUAGAUUUGGUGUUGGUUGCUGGAGUUCUGUUCCUAAGCUAGCUGGCCUUCAAAGGUGUGGAAAGAGUUGCAGGCUCAGAUGGAUUAACUACUUGAGACCUGACCUUAAGAGAGGAAUGUUCUCACAGCAAGAGGAGGAUCUUAUAAUCAGUCUUCAUGAAGUUUUGGGUAACAGGUGGGCUCAAAUUUCAGCACAGUUACCAGGAAGAACAGAUAAUGAGAUAAAGAACUUUUGGAAUUCCUGCUUGAAGAAGAAACUCAUGAAGCAAGGUAUAGACCCAACAACCCACAAGCCAAUAAACGAAGCACUGCAAGUGAAAGAGGAGAAGAAUUGUACAGAUAAGGCAUCAUUGCAAAUACCGCAGUCUAAAGGGCUACCAAUUGUAUCAAACUCGACAACACAGGAGCCAACAUUUCUCAUUAGCGAUACGACUUACUAUAGCAAUGGAUUAACAGAAACUUCAAGAGAGCAAUUCAUGAACAAGCAAGCCUAUUAUCCAUUAUCCUACUUUGAAUUCUCAGCAGGAAUUGAGCCAGGUGGGUAUAACUCAAGUAUUCCAGGUCUGCAGCAACCAAAUCUCAGACCCUUUGAUCAAAACCAAUUCGAAACAAGCUCAAACUUUGCAUUUACUUCAAUGCCAAGUUUAACAAGUUUCGACCAUGGAAGCAUGAGUGGUACAGAUUUCUCAGACAAUUCAGCUUCAAGAAUGAGUUCUAUGUUCUUGAAUGAGGCCAAAGAAAGUUCCAGCAACAGUUCAAACAUAAGCAAUUACACUGCAGGGUAUCAGAUGAACAGUAUGGUGGAGAAUAGUGCAGCUUUCUCGUGGGAAGCCGAAAACAAAAUAGACUCGGUGUUUCAGUUUCCGGUGAACGGGAUCAAGACGGAAGAAUUGAGGCCGAAUCCAUGGCAAGAAGGGCAGCUUCACCCUCAGAAUUCAAUAGAUUUCAGUAGCUAUCCGUUAACGUCGCUGUCAGAAGAUCUAACCGGAGCAAAUUUUGAUGUCUUCCACCAGAUAUGAACUGUAAAUUCAUUCAUUUACCUCUCCCUAUAUCUCUCUCUCUAAACAAAUAUACGAGAUGUUGAUAGUACAGGAGUGUUUGAUAUAUAUAUUUUUUUCCAAAAAAGAAAAAGAAUCUUUUUUUUUUUGCCUUUUUUUCUGAUUAACCAGGUGAAGAUCGAAAAAGACUAAGCUGAUAUUUCUUUGGCUUUAAUUAUCUGUGUCCUUUUUUUCUCAUUUUCUUGUGUACUUGGUGUUCUGUAUUAAUUUGUUUCCAGAACAGUUGAAAUAAUGUACUGAAAAUUUCAAGAGUGAAAACUAAUUUUGUGGUCUUAA